AAUUAAUACCAGGUAGGUGAAACACUUCAUGGGCCUAUAGCAUUCCAGGGUUAACAGCAAAGUUUUCAAAUGAUGACAUCGAUGAUGAGCGAAGAUUCCAGAUCUUCUUCUUUCAGUAGAUGCUCUACACCGAGCAACAGCAACAGUUCCCACCACUUAUCGGACCUCUCUAUCCUGGCUAACGCAGCGGCCAGCUCGGAGGAGAGCAACAGUCCUCGCACCACUCCUCCUGUUAAAAGUGGUAUUUCUACCCAACCUUGUCAGUGGAAUGGAAUCUCUUACUCUCAGUGUAUCGAACGGCCUCUCUCUAGAUCGGAGAAAUCUCUUGGUUUACUCACUUCUAAGUUUGUGGAGUUACUGAAGAACAGUCCUGAAGGAAUACUUGAUUUGAACGUGGCGGCAGUAAAGUUAAUGGUCAGACAAAAGAGGAGGAUUUACGACAUAACCAACGUUCUGGAGGGUAUCGGCCUUAUUCAGAAGAAGAGUAAAAACUCAAUACAAUGGAUAGGAGGGGGAUCUAGUCUGACAAACACACAGGCAGAUGCAAAGUCAGACGAGAUAAGAUCAGAGUUGGAGACUCUUAAUGAAGUAGAGGCUCAGAUAGACGAACUGUUGGAGGUGCUGGACCAGAGUAAAGCGGGAGUGAUGAACAACAAACUGGAACUGUAUGUUCCCUACUCUGAUAUUGGUAAAACUGGAGUAGCUGAUAACAACAAGAUACUAGCAAUACAUCAUCCUGUUAACACUAACAUGGCAAAGUCAGAGUUCGUGCGAGACGGUGCUAAUUACUGGCACUACCAUAUGGACAGUACGACCCCAAUAGACGUGUGGGUAUUGAAUCAGACAGGAAUUCCUCACCAACUGAACACCAAGACCCGGUCACCAAGCCAACAACCUCCACCUCCUCUACCUUUCCCUUGCACAGAACCCAAACCUCAGCCUCUUGUUAACGGCACUUCGGACAAACCAGCCGCCAGCUUAUCAGACUCUAUCAGAUCGAGUAUUAAACACGGCAAUAUUAAUUAUCAGCCUACCCGGACAAACACAUUCCUCAAUAAAACUAAGUCUAAAGAAGCCAAGUCCCGGGCCACUCCUGUUACUGCUAAUCAUAACUUGUUGGAUGUGCGGAACACUGCGCCGGUGACGACCAGCCCUGUGACACGUGGUCGCUCCGCACUCCGGAAAAACAAAACUUACAUCCCAUCCUCGCCAGUGUCUCACACUAGUUUUGUGUUUCAAGAUCUAGAUCCUAACAUUAUAAACGGACACAAACCCUCGGCUCGCUUAUCUCCGCGGAGGUUUUAUAACGAGUAUCCCAAUGAGAACAGGGUGCCAGUGCCGCCCAUGCCCAAGCUCCAGCUGCCACCUCAGCCACCUUACGAUAAAAUCUGUGGCGGUGAUAACGAUCAGACUAUUAAAGAAGAGGUUAGGAAACGAAAGCGAUCAGACGUUGAUACAGUGCAGAUGGAGAUAUCAAAAGAUGUAAUUCUUGAUAGUAAUCGAAUUAAACCUUACGAACCGAUUCCGUAUUGCGGCGACGUUCGGAAAGAACACACUGAUUUACGAGCCCUAUUUCCCAUAUCUCCUACCCCAAUGGACCAUGACUACUAUUUCUCUAUGGACCACGAGGAAGGACUUUUGGACCUCUUCGACAUAUCGACAACUGAGUUGUUCUAAUGCUUAGUUUUCUAAUAUAUUAUAGUAAUUCAAACAGCAAUUUUAUGUUAGAAGCCUUAAUCUUCGGCGUUUCGUAAGACGUAGCAACUGGCGUAAUCGUGUGACCCCAGCUCACACAAUGAAUCCGAAAUCGCGAAUUUCAACAAACACGGAUUGAAGGAUAAAAAUAUUUUUAUUUGGAGUAGCCACACUUAAUCGGUAACUGCAAUAAAACAAUGAUAGAACGACAUCAUUCUUAACAAAACAAUCAAUUUGAUUUUAAAAAUCGGUUAUUUUUACAGUAUAAUCAAACAAUAGCAAUAACAAUCAGCAAUUGAAUAUAAUAUCCAAUUAAUUAUGCAGCAAUUGCAGAUUAUAUGAGUCUUAAUUAAAAAUAUUGGAAUCAGCUAAUGUUGUGGUGACAAGUGUCGGUUACUUAUUGGGAGAUUUGAGAGCGACCUGAGCUUGGCACCAAUCCAACCCUCCACUACGUCCGUAAUGACUAUUUACCUGAACUAUUAUUCAAAUAAAUAUUUCGAUAGAAGUUUAUCUGAAGAUUAUAUGCGUUGUACAUUUUUGCCAGGGGCUGCGUCCAAAUUCGAAACAAGGCUGGGCUUUUUAGUGAGUAUGGUAUGGUACUAUGUAUUUGAUGUUAAAUAUAUAUUUAUUUCUUGUCUAAGUUUUUAGGAUUUUAAGUCAAUCAAAAGUUGAUUUUUAUUGAUAUUCCUUCGUG